CCACAAUCCUCCCUGCAGCCCACGGGGCCCUACCCCCUCAGCGUCGUCAUCGCCACCACAGCCACCUGCGAGCCACAGCGCCACACCCACCGACAGCCCGCGGUUCGGAACAGGUGUAGCAGCAGCAGCAGCACCACAACACACCACCACCACACACCAUCAUCAUCACCACCACACAGGCGCUGCUGCUUCAACGGGCAGGAGAGCGAGCGAGAGAUCGAGAGGAACAUCCCAGAGUUCGCAUUCCAGGCGGCGGAACCUUGAACGAGCAGGGCUUCGUGUCGCCACCACCACGCCAGCUGCUGCACCACCUAAACCCAGCGCCACCCAGCGCCAACCACCGCCAAUAUGCGGGACAUCCAAAAGUACGACGCCAAGCCUCAGGUGGCGUUCAACCACUACCUGCCGCACGGCGCCGCCGCCUCGCCGCACGUGCCCGUGCCUCUACGCAAGAAGCGAGGAGAGAGGUCCCAGGCGGUCCGCCAGAGCUGGACGGCACCGCAGAGUGAGGAGGCGCCACGCAUGGGAGACAGGAGCCGGAGCAUGAGCGACGUGCGUGGGGGUGGCGGCGGCGGCGUGAGCGUCGACUACGCUGACGAGGUGGUGGAGAUGAGCCCCGCGGAGUUGGCGCGCCGCACGGCGGAGCAGAAGCAGCAGUACGAGCAGCUGAAGCAGUCCCGGCAGCACGUGCCAGAGGAGAGCGACCACGCGUGGCAGAGUAGCCUGGCAGCUUGGAAGUCCCGGAGGAUCGGUUCCAGCGAGAAGCUCCUCCAGAAGCAGAGCGACAACUCCGCCAAUUCCAACGGCAACGUGCGGCUCUACCGAUCCGGCGGCGGUGACGAUCGUGGUGGCGAUCUCGGUGACGGCCGCGGUGGCGGUCGCGGUGGCUUCUAUGGCAACAACGGCGUCAACGACGAUAACGACGGCGACGACGAUAACGACGACGAUAACGACGAUGACGACGACGAUGCCGUCUACUCGUCGUCGCGGGGCGGCGUGAGCUCCCUCCGUCGUCCGGAGGCGGCGCGGGACUACGAAGAGGUGACAGAGAGGAGGAGGGAUAUGGUGGACUCCGGGCAGACGAAGAGGAACCUCGUCACAGCCUCGUCGCAGCCAUCCGUCGCCCUGCCCAAAACAAGCACGGUGUUCAAGGCCUAUGCAGAGGCACCCAAGCCUAGCCCCUCGCCUAACGUGCCAGUGCAGCCCAGGAUCAGCGAAGCCAAGCCGAGCUUGCAUGCGAGCCAGGCCUCAAGGAAGGCUCCGGCCGCACAGUGGGACAGCGUGCAGUCCCUGCCCCGUGGAUUCAAGGCGGAGACGGUGACAUCCUUCAGCCGCCCUCUGGAAAAACCCUCGGGUUCUCAAGUGGAAUCAGUGAAGAGUUAUAACCGCACAGUGCAGGGCUGGAAGGCGCUGGAGGCACAAUCCUCGAAAGCGGCACCCACCACCAAAGUGACCACCACCACCGUCACCAAAGCCACCACCGCCAACACCAAAGCCACCGCCUACAACAACACUGGUUACAACAACACCGCCUUCAACAACACCGCCUCAACCACACGCAAGAGCUACGGCUCCACCAGAGCGUGGGGGGAUGAUGACGACGAGGAGGAGGAGGGGCCGUGGCGACCACCGCCGCCAGUGGCACCGCCAGCGGCACCGCCAGUGGCACCGCCAGUGGCACCGCCAGCGGCACCGCUGCGGCGAGUCGCCUCUCCUCCCACGCCACCGCCGAGGAAGUUCGACAGCUCGGCGGUGGCGGUGAACCGGCUGAGUCAGCGAUUGCCGCCGCCGGUGAUGACAAACGCGCCUCCUGCCGCUGCCGCCUCCACCACCACCCUGGUGUCUCCCGUUGGCAAGACAACCUCCUCGGUUACCGUGACACUCACCAAAUCGUCGCCGCCUCCCUCCGUCGCGUACCAGGGAUUCGGCGUCUCCGAGACGCGCUCCGUCGCCUCGGACAAGCCCAGCCGCCCAGUCCUGCCCGCUGAGCCUGCCAAGGUGGCGCCCCCUCCAAGCGUCGGCGCCACCCAGAAAGUGAGCAGCACGAGCAACGGUGAAGUUUCCGGCAGGAAGAAAAACCAGUGGCGGAAUGCGGAGUUCUUCGGAUUUUCCGAAGACAACGAUGAUGUCAUGGUUGACCAUGAGGCCGAGCGGAAGCAGCGGGAGGAGGCGGAGGAAGAGGAGAGGCGAUGGCAGGAGCGUCGGAGACUGGAGGGGGCCGUGUCUUGGGGGGCAUCGAACCACACGGCUUCCGGCGGGGGGAGUCACAACGGAGGCCUCGGUGGGGGGCCCGCGGCGGGGGGCCACGCCGGGGGGGCUCCGAGCGACGGCGAGGAUGCCGAGGACGUGGAGAAGAUGAAGAGGGAGAUAGAGGAGGAGGAGCGGCGGUGGAACGAGAGGAAGAGGCUGGAGAGGACCUCGUCCUCCAGCAGCCCCACAAAACCCGGCCCCUGGAGUCCGACCGUCGUUCCGGGCAGUGCCGAGCAGCGCUCCCCGAACCUCCUCACCACCACCGUGACGACCACCGAUGUCGACCGCCGCUCGGCCAGCCUGCCGCGACAGUCUUCUCCGAGUGCGAGCAGCUACAACCCCUACAUCUCCUUUGGCAGAAACCGCUCCGUGGGCUCCGCGGGCUCCGUGGGCUCCAUGGGCUCCUCGCACCACAGCCCCACCUACUCCUACCGUGACGCCAGCCAGCGUCCCUCCUCCUACCGCAGCAGCAGCAGCUCCUACGGGCGGCAGACGCUCAGCCCCAACUACCACAACUUUUCCAGCAGCUCCGGCGGCGGCGGCUAUGGCGGCAGCGGUUCCAGAUUCGGCUCCGGCAGCCCGAGCUACAGCGCGACGUACAGCGUCAACUACGGCACGACCAGAAGCCCCGGCUACGGGUCCAGCCACGGCAGCUACGGCGGCGGCGGCGGCUACGGCGGCGGCGGCGGGCAGCGGUUACAACGUGCCGAGAAGUCCCACGCACACGAUGGCGAGAAGCUCCGGCUACGGCGGCACGAGCUUCGGAGGGGGGUACGGGGGCGGCGGCGGAGGUAGCAGCACGCUCGGCUCUGCCUACUCGUCGCUGUCGGGAUAUGGCGGAACCAGCUACAGCCCGGCCAAGAUCGCGGGCGAGAAGAAGGAGUGCGGGAGCUGUGGCAACGCCAUCGGCAAUGGGGCGGCCAUGUUCAUCGACUCUCUCAACCUCUUCUUCCACAUCGACUGCUUCAAG